UUCGUUCCAUUGUUGAAAUACGCGGGAAAAUUUUGACGCGAGCUGUCAUUAGCGGUUGUUUUUUUUAGUGAAGAAGCUCUGAUUUCGAGCCAAAACAUUAAAUCAUGGAUUAUAUUCAGAUAAUCGGCAUACUAAGUCUUCUCACCAUUUCCUCAUGCGAACCACCAUCCAGAUACAAUUCUUUUGCACCAUCUACCAGCUAUCUACCACCAAGACAAGACUACAACAAUGGAUACAACUAUCAACAGCCGCACUCCGGUGAUCAAAGCCAAUAUGAUCACCAUCACAAUCAUCACCAUGAAAAUGAAGUGCCCAAGUCAUACGAGUUCGGGUACUCGGUGAAGGACUACAAGUCCGGCAACGACUACGACCGACGAGAGUCGUCUGAUGGGAAUGUCGUGAGGGGCGAGUAUAGGGUGCAGCUUCCUGAUGGGAGAACGCAGAUAGUGACAUACCACGCCGACUGGCUCACCGGGUACCACGCUGAUGUGAGGUACGAAGGCGAAGCAAGAUACCCUGAACCCGCUAACCAAGGCUACAACUACAACGCUCCUGAAUUUGGCGGCUCUCUCUCUGGCUUCCAGUCUCUACCUUCCACUUCAUAUGGACCUCCUGGAUAUCAUAAAUGACCUUUUCAGCAGUAAUAACUAAGAUAGCUGACAAAUGUUACGAGUUUCGAUAUUUGAACUCAUUGAGGAUGAAAAUGGCGGCUACAUUGAAAUUAAAGUUACCGACAUUAACAAAACGAUAGCAUUAUGUACAAAGAUAUUAAAUUUACUAUACGAAGUUAUUUCGAGAUAACA